GCGUAAAUAAACACAAACGAAAAAAAAGAAAAGAUUGUCAGUCAUGCAACUGAUGAAAGCAAGAAGCAAGCACACGCAUAAACAGUUGCUUCUUGGCCUCUACCAUUUGUGGUGGGGACUCUGUGGGGCCCACACUCGCCUUGGAAGCAGAAUCUCGACUACAGAACCCGGGAAUAGAAGUGCCAUGAGCCGGACCCUAAUCAGCUGUUUGUCUCAGGCGAGGAAAGGGGCGGCAUCUCAAAUCAACUUUCCAGCGUCAUUAUCUUCUGUCAUGGAAACCAAGCAUCUUAGCACGGGAUCAACAUGUCCUCCUCAGGAGCCUGGAGUCCUGCGGUGCUACAGUAUGAAGUUCUGCCCGUUCGCACAGCGCACCAGGCUGAUCCUCGUGGCUAAGAAUGUGAAACAUGACAUCGUGAAUGUAAACCUGAAGACCAAACCAGAAUGGCUGUUUGAGAAGAACCCGCUAGGAAAGGUUCCCGCCCUGGAGAAGGAUGGGAAGAUGCUGUUUGAGUCCCUCAUUACCUGCGACUACUUGGAUGAGGCCUACCCAGACCCCCCCCUGUACCCCUCCGACCCCUGGCAGAAGGCACACGACCGGGUUUUCAUGGAACUGUGGUCGAAGGUGACAGGCCCGAUGUACAGAGUGUACUUUGCAAAGGGAGAUCAGGAGGCGCUUGCCAAGGCAGUUGAGGACGUCCAGGCUGGUUUGGGUCUUUUCGAGACUGAGUUGAAAAAGAGAGGCACCAUGUUCUAUGGUGGAGAGAAACCUGGCAUGCUGGACUACAUGAUUUGGCCGUGGGUCGAGAGGCUUCCAAUGGCAGAGAUGAUGGCUGGAGAUUUGAAGGUGUUCCAGCAAGAAACCUUUCCCAAACUGUUUGAAUGGGUGGAGAAAAUGAAGGAAGACAAAGCAGUGAGUGCAGUCUUCAUAAGUGCCGAGUCCCAUUUCAAGUUCCUGAAGUCACACGUCGACGGCGCUCCAGAUUACGACAUGGAGGUUUAGGGGCUUAAUCAUUCCGGGAUGGAGCGAAAAACACGUGAAAAUACAAUGGAAAUGUUGUUCAUGCAUAGGCAGUUUUCUGUUUGGAUUCUGUCAGGCUUUGAAUGACAUUGUUUAUGCUUCAUGAUUUGUUCAUUCAGUGGAUUAUUUUCAUAUUGAUAGGUUAUCUCUUUUUAAGAAGGUAUGUGUUUAUUUGGGAAGCUUAUAAAUACUUAUUACCAAUUAAAUACUUAGUUGUCAAUUAUAUUAUGAAGAAAAGCUUCUGUUUUCAUGUUGUUGUAUAUGAAUAUAUCCAUGUAUUAUGCUGAAUAUGUGUUGGUGACUAGAUGUAAGUCUGUCAGUGAUCAUUUAAGAUGUAAUAUUUUUCAAUGAGUUUAUGUAUUAAUAUCAGGAAUAAUAAUGUCAGUUGAAUAUA